AUGGCACAGGAGACAGUUGGUUACGAUGAACUAAGAGAAGACAGGGACUAUGAGUCUGGUGGUGUCCAAGUUGGUGAGUUCCUGCAACAACUAGAGAAUAAGAGAACUGCAAAUCUACGAUUGAUUCCAACAGAUGAUGAUGAAGUUAAAGCCAUGUUGAGAUCAUUGGGAGAACCAAUCAUAUAUUUUGGUGAGGAUAAAGCUGAUAGAAGAGAAAGACUCACUGAGCUUGUGGUAAGUCGAAAUAUUGAUUUGACCAACCAAGAUGUUGAAAUGGGUGAAGAUGAUGAAGAUGGUGAUGAUGAUUUAGCUGAAGAUGAAGAAUUUUAUACACCAGGUUCAGAGGAGUUAAUGAAUGCUAGAAAAUUCAUUACAGAAUAUUCAAGUAUCCAAGCCAAAGAAAGAAUUCACAAACAACAACAAGAUUCCACUAUAUCCAUGGCUAAACAAUUGACAAUAAGGCGAGCAUUAAAUGAACAAAUUAAAAAAUUUGAACUUGGUGGGUCACAAUUAGUUUCAACAAGACCUGUAUCACAAGUGGCUAUAAACAAGAGAAACCAUGAUCAGAUAUUAUCAGGCUCAUGGUCUGGUAAUGUUAAACUUUUGAAUAAAAAUUUAGAAGUCUUAAAAGAAUUUGAAUAUGAUGAAGGUAAAAUUAGUGGAUUAGAUUGGUCACCAACAACAGAUAAUUUAUUCCUAAGUUCUGGAGAUCAACUUUCAUUAUGGGAUAUAGAAUCCUUAGAAUCAACACCAAUUUCAGCAUUUAAAGGUCAUGAAGGUAGAAUUGUAAGAUCAAAGUUCCAUCCAUCAGGAAAAUUUAUUGCAAGUGCAUCAUUUGAUCAAACAUGGAGAUUAUGGGAUAUAGAAACUCAACAACAAUUAUUAUUACAAGAGGGCCAUUCCAAAGAAGUAUAUACUCUUGGGUUCCAAAAAGAUGGUUCUUUAUUAGCAAGUGCAGGAUUAGAUGCUAUAGGACAUGUUUGGGAUUUAAGAUUAGGAAAAUCAAUAAUGAUUCUUGAUGGACAUAUUAAACCAAUUUAUGGAUUAGAUUGGAGAGAUAAUGGAUAUCAAAUUGCCACUGGUGGGGCAGAAGGCUCAAUAAAGAUAUGGGAUUUAAGAAUGUCUAAAGAUAUUUUCACAAUUCCUGCACAUAAUAAAAUUAUAUCUGAUUUAAAAUUUAAUGGUAAUAUAUUAUCAUCAAGUUCUUAUGAUGGGACUGUUAAGUUAUAUAAUUGUGAUAAUUGGAUUGAAUUACAUAGAUUAGAAGGUCAUUCUGAUAAAGUUAUGAGUGUUGAUUUGGCUGAUGAUUUUAUUAUAUCAAGUGGUUGGGAUAGAUCUGUUAAAAUUUGGUUACAAGAGUAG